AAUGAAGUCAUUGACAGUCGUUAUUCGACACUAGACAUUUAUAAACAAAUGCUAAUGUAUGCGGUUUAGUAUUUACACAAAACUAUUUAUCAGUAUUUAUUCUACUGAAUUUAUUGUGUUUAGUGUUAAAAAAAUCAAACUCAUCGUUAAAUUUACCUUAGUCUUUCAUGAAACUGCAACAUUGGUAAUAUGAAGACAUAACCUAGAAGUCAUUACUAUUUUCGAAAAAAAAUGGAUACUACACAAUACGCCGGUUUUUGUGAUUUAAAUAUAGACAAAAUGUAUGAUAUUAACACGUUGAGCUUUAUUGAAAAACAAGGAUUCCAAACAGUUGCUAUAAAUACACACGUCGAAGAAGUGAACGUCGAGGAACCUAAGAAGAAAAAAAAGAAAAAUGACCCCAAGGAUAAGAAAGAUCAUAUACCACCACCUCUCGAAAUACCAGACAAGGUGAAAAAUAAUACAAAACUAAAAAUUUUACAAAGAGUAACUAUAGAAUUCUCAGAUUCUAGCAUAUGUAGUAAGUUAAAUCAAUCAGAAAAUCUUAAAAAAUAUGAUAUUGUAGCUGUUUUACCUAAAACGUUACAAGCUUUUCAGUAUGCUUGUGGAACCCUGGAUACAGAUGUAAUAACAUUUGAUCCUCUGACAAGAAUCCCUUUUAAAGUUAGUCGUAAAUUAUACAGACAAGCAGUGGAGCGUGGAAUUUUCUUUGAAAUAAUGUAUUCACCUGCAAUACGAGACUCAACCUCAAGAAGAAACAUUAUCACAACUUCUCACCUCUAUCAUGCUGUUGGCAAAUCUAAGAAUAUAAUAAUUACCAGCGGAGCAAAAGACAACACUCAAGUUCGGGGAAUCUAUGAUGUUAUCAAUCUUGGGUUUAUUUUUGGGUUAAACAAUAAUGAAAGCUUAGAAGUUGUAAGAAAUAAUCCACACAGACUCAUUCUUAAAGCUCAAGGCAGAAGAUGUGGUAAACAUUAUAUGGAAGUUUCCCAAGUAGGCGAUCAAUGUGAAAAUAAAAUACCUAAAGAAUAAUU